AUUAGGGGUGCUUGGCGCGCAACGACCCCAAGCAGCAGCUUUGAAGCCUGAGGAACCAAACUCAGUAGCCAACUAGGUUUAACUCAGCCUCGCCGAACCGGAUCCAGAACUCUCCACUCCCUGGGCUUGCAGCCGCUUUCUGGUAAGCUUCUCUCCAAUUCCAGCUAGAAUGCUGUGGCAGGCACUUCGCAGACUUGGUCAAAAACUGGUUCGCAGACGUACACUGGAGUCAGGCAUGGUUGAAACUCGCCUUAACAGAUGUCUGAACACUCUGGAUUUAGUGGCCCUGGGUGUGGGCAGCACUUUGGGUGCAGGUGUGUACGUCCUGGCUGGUGAGGUGGCCAAAGACAGAGCAGGACCAUCCAUUGUAAUCUGCUUUUUGGUGGCCGCCUCAUCUUCUGUGUUGGCUGGGCUGUGCUAUGCAGAGUUUGGUGCCCGAGUUCCCCGUUCUGGUUCUGCAUAUCUCUACAGCUAUGUCACUGUGGGUGAACUCUGGGCCUUCACCACUGGCUGGAAUCUCAUCCUCUCCUACGUCAUCGGUACAGCCAGUGUGGCCCGGGCCUGGAGCUCUACUUUUGACAACCUGAUUGGGAAUCACAUUUCCCAGACCUUGCAAGGAAGCAUCUCAUUUCAUGUACCUCACAUCCUUGCAGAAUAUCCAGAUUUCUUUGCUAUGGGCCUUGUGUUGCUGCUCACUGGAUUACUGGCUCUGGGUGCUAGUGAGUCAGCUCUGGUUACCAAAGUGUUCACAGGGAUGAAUCUUUUGGUUCUUGGCUUUGUCAUCAUCUCUGGCUUCAUUAAGGGAGAUCUGCACAACUGGAAGCUUACUGAAGAGGACUACGAAAUGGCUUUGUCUAGAUCUAAUGACACCUAUAGCUUGGGCCCUCUGGGAUCUGGAGGAUUUGUGCCUUUCGGUUUUGAGGGGAUUCUACAUGGAGCAGCUACCUGUUUCUAUGCAUUUGUUGGUUUUGACUGUAUUGCUACCACUGGGGAAGAGGCCCUGAAUCCCCAGCGUUCCAUCCCCAUGGGCAUUGUGAUCUCACUAUGCAUCUGCUUUUUGGCAUAUUUUGGUGUCUCUUCUGCACUCACACUCAUGAUACCUUACUAUCAGCUUCAGCCUGAGAGCCCUUUGCCUGAGGCAUUUCUUCAUAUCGGAUGGGCCCCUGCCCACUAUGUUGUGGCUAUUGGCUCACUCAGUGCUCUUUCUACCAGCCUCUUGGGCUCUAUGUUCCCCAUGCCACGGGUGAUCUACGCAAUGGCAGAGGAUGGCCUCCUGUUUCAUGUCCUUGCCCGGAUCCAUACUGGCACACACACACCCAUCGUAGCCACUGUAGUCUCUGGCAUUAUUGCAGCAUCCAUGGCAUUUCUCUUUAAACUGACUGAUCUUGUGGACCUCAUGUCAAUUGGGACCCUGCUUGCUUACUCCCUAGUGGCUAUUUGCGUUCUCAUCCUCAGGUAUCAGCCUGACCAGGCGAUAAAGAAUGGUGAAGAUGAAGUAGAGUUGAAGGGGGAGAAGACACCUGAAGCAAAGAAGUUGACUCUUAAGGGACUAUUUUGCCCAUUCAAUUCCAUCCCCACAGUACUUUCUGGCCAAGUUGUCUAUAUUUGUUCCUCACUGCUUGCUCUACUGCUGACCAUCCUAUGCCUUGUGCUGGUCCAGUGGCCAAUUCCACUACUUUCUGGAGACCCAGUGUGGAUUGUAGUAGUUGUUCUGCUCCUGAUAUUCAUUACUGGUAUCACUUGGGUCAUCUGGAGACAGCCACAGAGCUCUACUUCUCUUCAAUUCAAGGUUCCUGCUUUGCCUCUUCUCCCACUGGUGAGCAUCUUUGUGAAUAUUUACCUGAUGAUGCAGAUGACAGCUGGCACCUGGGCUCGAUUUGGGGUCUGGAUGCUCUUUGGGUUUGCUAUCUACUUUGGCUAUGGGAUCCGGCACAGCCUGCAAGAAGUUAAGAGUGACCAAUCUCCACUCAAGUCUAGGGCUAAAACUGAUCUUAAUCUCAGCAGUUCCUAUGCCCAUUCAAUUUGACAAAAUCAUACCUGAAUUCUGUGUGUUCCUCCCACAUAAUAAUGAUAUACCUCCUGACCCCAGUCAGAGCUAGACCUCCAUUAGAUAUUGGUGGGGG